CUGGUUUGGGUCCGACUGGUCUGUUUACAUGCAGGACUAGAUCCACUUCAGUCCCAUCAUCUGGGUCCGACUCUUCCAGCUGUCGCUCGGCAUUGGAGGAACGCCGUCACAAAACAACGGCUCUGCGGCGCCUCACGCUCGGCCUUGACGUCCAAAUGUGGAGUGUCGUUCCAGUCGCCCUCUGUGAGUUAUGACGACGGCUGCUUCAUUAACUCAGGAAAGAGGCUCCUCCUCCGCUCAACACGGAGCAAAUCCCAUGAUGUAAUGAGGAAGGGUCCUCAACGUCUGCUCUUCAGAUCUGCCGGCAGGAUAUGAGUAUUUUGAGCCCUGUAACGGACAACAAAUCAAACCUUGUGGGAAUUGUGGGAGGCCCAGAAGAAUACAGAGCCAUGCAGUCGGAGGAGCUGUUCAGUAGGAAGCUCAAAGCCCUGAACGGAGGUGUGGGACCGCCCACCUCCAACAUGCAGGGCAAAUCUGACAGCAAAACCAACGGCACGCCAGCCAUGCCCAAGAUGGGUGUCAGGGCCAGGGUGACGGAGUGGCCGCCGAGGAAGGACGGCUGGGACGGGAGGCCUUCACCAAACUACCAGAGCGUGAUUCCCGUCUUUCAGAACGGCCAACAGGACCACACUGUGGAGAUACUGGAGCAGGGGGAGACAGUCUGUGUGGAUGUGGACUACUCUGACAAAUACACCCUGAGUGAACUCCUCUGCCACUCCCCGCUGAAGGGGCUCCACCCGAUUCGCCAGCGCAGCAACAGUGAUGUCACCAUAAGUGACAUCGACUCUGAGGACAUAAUGGACCAGAAUGCCGUCAACCCAAACACGGGGGCAUCGUUGCACCGGGAGUAUGGCAGCACGUCCUCCAUCGACCGCCAGGGUCUGAGCGGGGACGGGUUUUUUACAAUGCUUCGAGGAUACCGAGUCGAUACCCUGGACCACCGUAGCAUCCCACCGCUAGGUUUCCCAGAGUUGUUGCGCUGUGACGCCGCCUUGUCUCCUAGUUUGCAGACUGCCGCCCAAAUCGCCAGGGGGGAGAUAGUCCACAUUCCAGGAUAUGAUUAUAUAGACAACUCACUGCUGUACAGUCGCGAACGGGAGAAGUCCUUCAUGAGACGACUAAAAUCAGAGUCAUCUGAAACAUCUCUAUUUAGGAAAUUACGGACCAUAAAGAGCGAGAGUGACGCGCUACGUCUUUCCAUCGAAGACGACCGACGACCGCUCAGUUUUCAGAAAUGCUUCGCUCACUACGACGUCCAGAGCGUCCUUUUCAACAUCAGCGAGGCGGUGGCGAGCAGAGCUAACCUCAGCCAGAGGAAGAACAUGACUACUGGGGCCUCGGCAGCCUCGGCCGGAGUAGGACCUGGCGCGGGACCUGGUGCUGGUACUUGUGGUGCUCCUGGACCUGCACCUGGAAGUGGGCCGGACAGUGGUGCAGCAGGAUGUAGCGGCGGAAACGCCCCCAUGUUUGAGUCUCCUCUCGGCAGCCGGGAGGACCUGAACCCCAAGGAGAACCUGGACGUCGAUGAGGGCGACGGAAAAAGCAACAGCUUGGUGCUGAGCUGUCCACACUUCAGAAACGAGAUCGGCGGCGAAGGUGAGAGGAAAAUCUCGUUGUCCAGAGCGAACAGUGCCAACUACAGCGGCGUUUCAGAGAGCUGCUCCUUCGAGUCGUCUCUAAGUUCCCACUGCACCAACGCAGGAGUGUCAGUGCUGGAGGUUCCUCGGGAAAACCAGCCCAUCCACAGGGAGAAGGUCAAACGCUACAUCAUCGAACACAUCGACCUCGGAGCCUACUACUACCACAAGUAUUUCUACGGGAAAGAACAUCAGAACUACUUCGGCGUGGACGAGAACCUGGGCCCAGUGGCGGUCAGCAUCCGCAGGGAGAAGCUGGAUGACGGGAAGGACAAAGAAGGGAUGCAGUACAACCACAGGGUGACCUUCAGAACCAGCCAGCUGACCACACUGAGAGGCGCCAUCCUCGAGGACGCCAUCCCAUCCACGGCUCGCCAUGGGACGGCCCGCGGCCUCCCGCUGAAGGAGGUUCUGGAGUACGUGAUCCCUGAACUCAACAUCCAGUGUCUGAGACUCGCCCUCAACUCACCCAAAGUCCCAGAGCAGCUGCUGAAGCUGGACGAACAGGGGCUGAGCUUCCAGCAUAAGGUGGGGGUUCUGUACUGUAAGGGGGGGCAGAGCACCGAGGAGGAGAUGUACAACAACGAGAGCGCCGGCCCCGCCCUCGAAGAGUUCCUAGACCUGCUGGGUCAGAGGGUCCGACUGAAGGGCUUCACCAAGUACCGGGCUCAACUGGACAACAAGACUGAUUCCACGGGGACUCAUUCCCUCUACACCACCUACAAGGACUACGAGCUGAUGUUCCACGUGUCCACCAUGCUGCCGUACACGCCCAACAACCGCCAGCAGCUGUUGAGGAAAAGGCACAUUGGGAACGAUAUCGUCACCAUUGUAUUCCAGGAGCCCGGGGCCCUUCCUUUUACUCCCAAAAACAUCCGCUCUCAUUUCCAACACGUGUUUGUCAUCGUCAAAGUCCACAACCCGUGCACCGAUAACGUCUGCUACAGCGUGGCCGUGUCCAGGUCUAAAGAUGUGCCUCCCUUUGGUCCUCCCAUUCCCAAGUCUGUCACCUUCCCCAAGUCGGCGGUUUUCAGGGACUUCCUGCUGGCGAAGGUCAUCAACGGAGAAAACGCGGCACACAAGUCAGAGAAGUUCCGCGCCAUGGCGACCCGCACACGGCAGGAAUACCUGAAGGACUUGGCGGAGAACUUUGCGAGCACCGCUACUGUCGACUCUGCUGUGAAGUUCAGCUUCAUCACCCUUGGAGCCAAGAAGAAGGAGAAGGUGAAACCCCGGAAGGACGCCCAUCUGUUCAGUGUCGGCGCCAUCACCUGGAGCGUCCGCGCACGGGACUUCGGGCAGUCCGCCGACGUCGACUGUUUACUGGGAAUUUCCAACGAGUUCAUCGUCCUCAUAGAGGAGGAGUCGAAGAACGUGGUGUUCAACUGCUCGUGUCGGGACGUCAUCGGCUGGACCUCAGGGAUUAUGAGCAUUAAGAUCUUCUACGAGCGGGGGGAGUGUAUCAUGCUGUCGGCCCAUGACAACUGUGGAGAAGACAUCAGGGAGAUGGUCCAGAGGAUGGAGAUCACGACCAGAGGAUGCGAGACGUCAGAGAUGACGCUGCGUCGGAACGGUCUGGGGCAGCUCGGCUUCCACGUCAACUUCGAGGGCAUCGUGGCCGACGUUGAGCCGUUCGGUUUUGCCUGGAAGGCGGGGCUUAGGCAGGGUAGCCGCCUGGUGGAGAUCUGUAAGGUCGCUGUAGCAACGCUGACCCACGAGCAGAUGAUCGACCUGCUGCGCACCUCCGUCACCGUCAAGGUGGUCAUCAUCCAACCGCACGAGGAUGGGACGCCGCGGAGGGGCUGUUCGGAGCUCUACCGUAUCCCCAUGGUGGAGUAUAAGGUGGACAGCGAAGGGACGCCGUGCGAGUACAAGACGCCGUUCAGGAGGAACACCACGUGGCACCGGGUUCCCACUGCCGCCGCCCCGCCCCUGUCCCGGGGUUCGCCCACCCAGGGUCCGGACCGCCUCCAGUGUCAGCAGAUCCUCCAGCAGCACCAGGCCAACAUCCCCCGCAGCACCUCCUUCGACCGCAAACUGCCUGACGGCUCCAGGAUGAUCCAGGACCUGGAAAACCCCCAGGUCACGUCCUGUAACAAAGGAGACCAGCACUACCGGAGCUCCCCCAGUAACCAGUCCUCAUCCAGCGAUCCGGGUCCAUGUGGCAGCAGCACCUGGUCCCAGCAGCCUGGAUACGACGGAUGUCCGUCUCCGAUCCUCCAUGAGCGUUCGGGGGACAUCCCUGUAGACGGAGACCUGCACCGAGACCGGGAGCCGACCCUGGAGAGGACCAGGUCUGCAGAGGCCAAAUGGCACAUCCCUUCCACUAAGAUCCUGAACCCGCUGAAGCAGAGGGACGGAGGGAAGGACUCGCCCAAUAAACUGUCCAGGACUGAUAAGAACUCCAGCCACUCCAGCAGUAACACCCUGUCCAGUAAUGCCUCCAGCAACAGCGACGACAAACACUUCGGCUCUGGUGACCUGAUGGACCCUGAGAUGCUGGGCCUCACCUACAUCAAGGGGGCGUCGACGGACAGCGGCAUUGACACCAACCCCUGUGUGGCGCCGGGGGCCCGGGUGCUGCUGCAGGGCCGGGGGGCGGAGCAAGGUCACCCCUGGGCGUCGGAGGAUGGGGCGUCAGAGGACGACCACGGGAAGCUGUACCUGCCGCAGGGCUACGCCGCCGCCGUGAUGUCGGGUCACGUGACGGAGGGAAGCAUCGGAGACCUCAGCGAGAUCUCCUCACAUUCCAGCGGUUCUCAUCAUUCGGGCAGUCCUCUGGCUCGCGGCGCCAGGUACUGCGUGUCCGCCGACUCCUCCAAGGUCUACACCAUCCCCCAGACCAGCAGUUCGGGGGCGGGGCCGGGGGCGGGGCCUGACUCUGAGCCCUGCGGACAGACGCGGCCGCCGCCCGCCUCUGUGCAGACGACUGGCGACGACGACACCCAUAGCAACGAGGAACCUCCCAGUCUAUCAGAGUGUGGAGGAGCUGAGAGCUUGUUAUCCUUCCUUCUCAAAAUGCUGUCAGAACGUUCAAGGCAGCUGUAUGCACAGGAGGCCUGCAGGCUUCAGGCUGCAGAACGAGAAGGGAAAACACUGCAGAGACUUUCAAAGGAGGAAUACCUUAAAAUGAUGCUUCCUGACAGUCCUCCGGGAGAAGACCGGAACCGCAAGGUGUCGGCGGUGGACAGUUUGUCUCCCAGACGCUCGCUGUACCGGACGCUGUCGGACGAGAGCGUGUGCAGUAACCGUAAAGGCUCGUACGCCAGCUCCCACAGCUCCAUGUUGGACCAGGCCCUGCCCAACGACAUCCUGUUCAGCACCACGCCGCCGUACCACAGCACACUGCCGCCGCGCAUGAUCCACCACCACCAGGGGGCGUCCAACCUGAGGAAUGAGUUUUGGUUCUCUGACGGCUCCCUGGCGGACCGGUCCAAGUUCAGCGACCCGGGUCUCAUGCCCCUCCCAGACACCGCCUCGGGCCUGGACUGGUCUCACCUGGUCGAUGCAGCCCGAGCCUUUGAAGACCAGCGGGUGGCGUCCUUCUGCACCAUGACGGACAUGCAACGGGCCGAGGCGCUGCAGAUCUCCAGAGAACUGACCCGACGGGUGGUGGAGGCGGAGGGGGCGGGGCUCGAAUCAGACAGCGCUCCGUCCACACUGACAGGAAAAGUCAACCAGCUGGAGGUCAUCCUCCGACAGCUACAGCACGACCUCCGAAAGGAGAAGGAGGACAAGGCCAUGCUGCAGGAGGAGGUGCAGCAUCUGCGCCAGGACAACAUGCGUCUGCAGGAGGAGAGUCAGACGGCCGCCGCUCAGCUCAGGAAGUUCACCGAGUGGUUCUUUCACACCAUCGACAAGAAACCCUGAAGGAGACGCCGGCCUCGCCUCCUCCCCCUCCCCCUCCCCCUCCCCCUCCUCCCCCCUCCCUCUAGAGGAUCCGCAGCAAAUAAACUUUAAGACGAACGUUGACCCUGGGGUGACGGGGGCCGUUAGUCACGCCCCCGUUUCUCAGGCCGCUCGGACCCUGGUCUGGACCUCCUCCAUCAGGGCUCCUCCCACGUCUGCGGCCCAGCUCCUCCAUCCUGACACACAAGACCCUUGGGAAACCUCCUCCUGGUGUCCAAGGCCGGAGAGGAAUUCAGAAGGCAACCCCCCCCCCCCCAGCCCCCCCGAGUCCUGCAGCUCCUCUUACAGUAGUGGAAUGUAAAGCUCAUUUACUGUAGAAACAGAGAAUCUACCUACUGCUCUACUGGACCCACCCAGGUCUACUGGACCUGGGUCUACUGGACCUGGGUCUACUGGACUCUGGUCUGGUGGUCUACUGUACCCGGGUCUAGUGUAUGGUGGUCUACUGUACCCAGGUCUACUGUACGGUGGUCUACCGUACAGUGGUCUACUGUAUAAUGGUCUACUGUGGGGUGGUCUACUGUAUGGUGGUCUACAGUAUGGUGGUCUACCGUUAGUGGUCUACCAUACAGUGGUCUACUGUGGGGUGGUCUACUGUAUGGUGGUCUACCGUUAGUGGUCUACCAUACAGUGGUCUACUGUGGGGUGGUCUACUGUAUGGUGGUCUACAGUAUGGUGGUCUACCGUUAGUGGUCUACCAUACAGUGGUCUACUGUGGGGUGGUCUACUGUAUGGUGGUCUACCGUACAGGGGUCUACUGUACAGUGGUCUACUGUAUAAUGGUCUACUGUGGGGUGGUCUACUGUAUGGUGGUCUACCGUUAGUGGUCUACCAUACAGUGGUCUACUGUGGGGUGGUCUACUGUAUGGUGGUCUACCAUACAGUGGUCUACUGUGGGGUGGUCUACUGUAUGGUGGUCUACCGUUAGUGGUCUACCAUACAGUGGUCUACUGUAUGGUGGUCUACAGUAUGGUGGUCUACCGUACAGGGGUCUACUGUACAGUGGUCUACUGUAUAAUGGUCUACUGUGGGGUGGUCUACUGUAUGGUGGUCUACAGUAUGGUGGUCUACCAUAGUCCAGGUCCAGGGGCUGAAUGUAUGGGACCUCCUCAGCAGUCCAGACCGUCUCCAUCCACAGGUGCAGGUCCUCCACAGGUGGAGGUCCUCCACAGGUGGAGGUUCUCUACAGGUGGAGGUUCUCCAGUGGACUGCAGGGGAACAUGAAUGUAGCUCACCUCAGACCCGUUUCUUUCCUGGGUUUCUGGUUCCGUGGUCACAGGCGUUCGGAUGUUUGGGCCAUUUUUCCUUUAAUUAUUCCACUUUUCUUUCCCUCAGUGUCGUAAACGUAGCGUCACACUCAGCGGCGAGUUCGGAUUAGUUUCUUUCCAGGUGCUUUCCUUCACGUGUGCGUCUGUAGUUCGGUUCACCGUCACCGUGUCCUAGCAAUAACAACGUGGUAGUUUCAGAACUGUGGUUGAAAAAGACGCGAGCACAAGCGGAACAGUUCCUGUGGAGCGGCGCCGGCGGCCGACGGGAACGGACUGUGCCUAAACCCGGGUCGUACGUGGAUGGUUUGUUUCCGUUCUUUCUAAACACAUGCCUUGUCUGUGGCUCACUGAUCUCACGUCGUACGUAUGGAUGUGUGUGUGUGGAGUGUGUUCAUCCGAGCAAACAGUGAACCACACCUACAAUGCCAAAUGUGUUUAUGUGUGUACAUAUCUGCCACAGAAGUGUCUUGUAUUUAACACUAUUAUUUAAGCUUAUUUAACCUAAAGGUGUUUAUUUUAUUAAGGGUAUUUGUUCUUUUCUGCACUAAGGAGAGAUAAAGCUCUGUGUAUGUUGUAAAGUGCGUAGCUUGCCAGGGCAAAAAAAAAACCCUAUAUAUUUAAAUAUAUAAAUGAUGAUUUUGGAGAUUCCAACAUUUGGAUGCUGCUAGAUUAACAGUUUGCUGGUUUGUAUGCUUUUAAAGAUGUCUCUCUCCGUAAACUGUCUCAUCCCUGGUGGGAAGCUGGUUGCUUUGUUUUGGUCAAUUUUUUGUUUUGUUUUUUUAAUAAAUGUAGUUGUAAAAAUUAGCAA